UCCUCUUCACUAAUUUGUCUCGUCUCGUUUUCACCACCUCAUCUCAAUCUUAAUCUUCACGACCUCAUCGUCUCUUGUUCUUCGCCAACUCAUCUCCUUCUCCAUAUAAUCUUCUGCUUUGCCUUUCUCUUUGGAUUUUUCUUCUUCCAUGAAUGAAUUAACUUUGAUAAAGUGAGAUUCAUUUUUCAUUUCCAGCCGCAAAAGUUAACGCCUUAAACUUCGGCAACAAAAAGUGAAAACCGAAGUAACCGUUCUCGAACCGAACCGUUUAUUUGUUCGGUUCUAUUCGGUAGUUUUUUCUCAAUCCGAAAUAACCGGAGAACCAUAUUAACCGAACCGAAAUACCCGUAAUAACCUUAAUCCGGAGGCCUAAAUAAUAAUAGUGAAAAAGAAAACUCCGAAAUUCUCUUUAACUAGUGGCCAUCGAAGUCUCUCCGUUCUCUGACGUCUUUUGGGUCAAACUGCUCAAUAUCGUCACAUCUUCGCUGUAGAACGGAUGGAGCCGCCUGAAGAUGAGAAGUCUAAUUUCGCCAAGGAGCUUUACGGAGAAAAUUUGCAGCUUUCGAAACCUGGUAAUGAAGAUCACAACCUUGAGGGUUUAGACGGAUCCUUCUUUGGAAGUUCUGAUGAUGAACCAAGUGAAGCUUACUCCAUGAACAAGGAGACGGAGAAAAUACGUGAGAAAUUUCACACGGUUGGAUACCGUGACGGUAUUAGUGCUGGGAAAGAAGCUGCUGCGCAGGAAGGUUAUAACGUUGGAUACAGGGAAUCAGUUCUUGCUGGCUACAAGUUUGGUUUUGUUAGAGGUGUUUCCAGUGCGAUGGCUUUCCUCCCAGAUGAGCUCAGAGAAAAGCUGAUCGAUGAACAAGAAACUAGAGACAAGUUUCAUAAACUACACGAUUCUGUGCAUGCUCUCUCAACUGAAGCGGCAAUGAAAGUGUUUUAUGGAACUCUGACUACAAAGCAAGUGGAAGACAAGAGUGGAGAAGAAGGGUCUGACUCUAGUGUUGCUUAUGUUACGUCCACAACUGACUUGGGAAGCUAUGUAAGUGAGCUAAGCUCUCUUCUUCACAAAUCUCCUAAGAUUGAAGUUAGAUUGGACAUAUAGACCAAGAGAAGCAUGGAAGCUUGCUGUGCAAGAUGGUGAGCAUAUAGCUUCUUUGGUAGUAUGGAUUGUCCCAAUAUUAAAUCAACAAGAGUAUACCACUAAACAAUAAUAUUAUCUUUUCAUACA